GCUGUUAGUUUGAAGUCCAGUCCUGCUUCUCCUCCAUCGGGCGAAUAUCUUUCCGUGCACCCUCCAUGUAUCACAAAGGACGACAAUCAACUAUCUUUUUAUUUUGAUACAUUUAAAAAAUACUAUCCAUCCGAGUAGCCUUCAUGUAAUUUGUGGUUAUUAUUUCUUUCAAUUUUAAUAACGGACCAUUCAUGAUGAUUUCGCCGUGGGACCGGUGGUACUCGACGAGUUGCUGCCUUUGCUGCCAUGUCCGGACCGGAACCAUUAUUUUGGGGAUUUGGUACAUGCUCAUCAACGCGGUGGUCUUACUCAUACUGUUGUCGGCUCUCAAUGACCCCGUGCAGUACCGCUACCACCUCACCAGCUCCGAGCUGGGGACCGACAUAGAUGUCAUGGACGACGCAAAUAUCUGCAUAGCAACCGCCAUAUCCCUCCUAAUGAUUCUUAUAUGUGGCAUGGCGACAUACGGCGCAUACAAGCAACACGCCGCCUGGAUCAUUCCAUUCUUCUGCUAUCAAAUCUUUGACUUUGCCCUUAACACCUUGGUGGCCAUCAGCGUGGUGGUGUACCCCAACACGGUGCAGGACUACCUCCAGCAGCUGCCGGGGACUUUCCCUUACAAAGAGGACAUCAUGUCCACCAAUAAUAUGUGCCUCGUCUUUGUAGUCCUUCUCUUCAUUGGCUGCAUCCUCUCCUUCAAGGCCUACCUGAUAGGCUGCGUGUGGAACUGCUACAGAUACGUGAGCGGCAGAGGGACCACCGAGGUCCUUGUUUACGUCACUACGAACGACACGACGGUUCUGCUGCCACCGUACGAGGAGGUCGUGGCCAUCCCGCCUAAGGAGCCUCCUCCCCAGUAUGUGGAGACAUGAGACCCCACUCCUUCACUGCCACUUCCGUUUAUUCCUUAAAUCCCGUAUGCUGCUUGCAGCGUGGAGUUGUGACUCCUCACAACAUUAGGUUAGCGGCCCCUUGAGACUAGCGACUCUUUUACGCCCUCCCCUCCUUAGGUUGCUGUGUUGUAUUGCCCUUCCCCGCCCCCAAGGAUGUGCACUUUGCAUUCUUCUUGAGUCGGCCACCAACUGUUAGCCUUCCGAUACUGUGAAUCAGCAAGAGCACUUUUUUCCUCCCCCUGAAGAAAAAAAGAUGAAUUCCCUCUUUGAAUGUAACUUCGGGGUAUUUUUGUACGACUUUUUUUAGUAUCGCGGUGGAAAAAAGGAGGCGAAGGCGUAACAUUGUGUUGUCCUGCAGGAAAUCAGGUUGCUCGACCAAUUAAGUCUUCCUCUCGACACUGGGAAAGGAUUGGUGUAUCAUGUGACCAAAUCAGCAAGCGACGUCUUCAUUGUUGUGUCUUUUAUUUUACCCACAUGUGGUCGGCCAGUUGGACUUGAGGGGAUUUUCCCACAAUGAUGGCGUGAUUCUGGCGUGUCGUAACAUGUGAGUCACUCAUGCAGUACCUUAUUUCACAACAACGAUGGAUGGGAUCAAAGGCAAAUUAGCAUAGGAAAGCACAAAUAUCAUAUAAUCCAAUUGGUAGUAUUUUAAAAAUUGUAUUAGAACUCUAUCAAACAGUCUAUGCAAGAAGAGUUCAUUUAAAAAACAAAUGGCAUAAAUGUAGUUGGUCAUGUAGCCUUUAUGCGAGUCAUGAGUGCCAUUGCACUUGAAAGUCAGCUUACAUUGUGACAAAAAAGGUGUUUGGUGGGAGAAAUCUGCAGGUCAGUUUAAAGGCCUACUGAAAUGAGAUUUUCUUAUUUAAACGGGGAUAGCAGGUCCAUUCUAUGUGUCAUACUUGAUCAUUUUGCGAUAUUGCCAUAUUUUGGCUGAAAGGAUUUAGUAGAGAACAUCCACGAUAAAGUUCGCAACUGGAGAAAAGCCCUGCCUCUACCGGAAGUUGCAGACGAUGACGUCACAUGUUGAUGGCUCCUCAUAUAUUCACAUUGAUUUUAAUGGGAGCCUCCAACAAAAUCAGCUAUUCCGAACGAGAAAACGACCAUUUCCCCGAGGAUGAAAGAUUCGUGUUUGAGGAUAUUGAUAGCAACGGACUAGAAAAAAAACAAGUUAAAAAAAAAAACGCGAUUGCAAUCGCGUUGCAUUGAGACAGAUUCAUAUGAUUUUAGAGACAUUUACUAGGAUAAUUCUGGGAAAUCCCUUAUCUUUCUAUUGUGUUGCUAGUGUUUUAGUGAGUUUAACAGUACCUGAUAGUCGGACGUGUACGUCCACGGCCGGGUGUUGACGCUCAGUGUCUCGGGGAAGUCGACGGCAGCUGUACAGGAGGCACAAGCUCAGCUGAUAUCCGGUAAGUGGCGACUUUUUAACCACAAUUUUCUCACCGAAACCUGCUGAUUGACAUGUAGUCGGGAUCCAUGUCCGCUCUGAUCCACAGGAAAGUUUCACCUCUGUGAAUUUUAAACAAGGAAUCACCGUGUGUUUGUGUGGCUAAAGGCUAAAGCUUCCCAACUCCUUCUUUCUACUUUGACUUCUCCAAUAUUAAUUGAACAAAUUUGCAAAAGAUUCAGCAACACAGAUCUCCAAAAUACUGUGUAAUUAUGCCGUUAAAGCAGAUGACUUUUAGCUGUGUGUGUGUGCAGCGCUCAUAUUCAUAACAGCCUGUGACGUCACGCGCACACGUCAUCAUUACGCGACGUUUUCAGGAAAAAAUUCCCGGGAAAUUUAAAAUUGCAAUUUAGUAAACUAAAAAGGCCGUAUCGGCAUGUGUUGCAAUGUUAAUAUUUCAUCAUUGAUGUAUAAACUAUCAGACUGCGUGGUGGGUAGUAGUGGGUUUCAGUAGGCCUUUAAUACUCAACGGAGUAACUUUUUGAGAGUUCUGAGUGAGAUACCUCAAUUGAGCCCUUGUUCGUCCCUCCUUUGGUCAGAUCCUGUAAAACAUCCUAUUGUUGGGAGUUUUGUCAGCUCAUGUCCUCAGUUGUAAAUAAAUGAUACAAGUAAAUGCUGA